CUUCCCCUCCCCACCAUUCUAGAACACGCCUCGGCGGCCUCCGCAUCUCCCCGCCUCCACUCUCGCACUCCCUCCCACUGCAGCGGCCACUAGGGUUUAAACUUUUUCCUCCCCCGAUCCGCCUCGCCGCCGCCCGCCCGCCGGAGACCGAGGAUGGUGGGUCUGGGCUCGAUGGGGUACGGGAUCCAGUCGAUGCUCAAGGAGGGCCACCGCCACCUCUCGGGGCUCGAGGAGGCCGUGCUCAAGAACAUCGACGCCUGCCGCGAGCUCUCCGCCAUCACGCGCACCUCCCUCGGCCCCAAUGGAAUGAACAAGAUGGUUAUCAAUCACUUGGACAAGCUGUUCGUGACGAACGAUGCUGCCACCAUCGUGAACGAGCUCGAGGUUCAGCACCCGGCUGCCAAGAUCCUGGUACUUGCCAGCAGGGCCCAGCAGGAGGAGAUUGGGGAUGGAGCCAAUCUCACCAUAUCGUUCGCCGGUGAGCUGCUUGAGAAGGCUGAGGAGCUCAUCAGGAUGGGUUUGCAUCCGAGCGAGAUCAUCAUUGGCUACACCAAGGCCAUCAACAAGACGAUUGAGAUCUUGGAGGACCUUGUCGAGAAAGGCUCAGAGAACAUGGAUGUGAGGAAUAAGGAAGAGGUCGUGUUGAGGAUGAGAUCUGCUGUUGCGAGCAAGCAAUUUGGUCAGGAGGACAUACUGUGCCCUCUUGUGGCUGAUGCCUGCAUGCAAGUUUGCCCCAAAAAUCCUGCAAACUUCAAUGUCGACAAUGUUAGAGUGGCUAAGCUGGUUGGAGGUGGUUUGCACAAUUCUACUGUGGUUCGUGGGAUGGUUCUAAGAAAUGAUGCUGUUGGGAGCAUCAAAAGGGUGGAAAUGGCAAAGAUUGCAGUAUUUGCUGGUGGUGUUGAUACUUCUGCAACUGAAACAAAGGGAACUGUGCUGAUACAUUCUGCUGAGCAGCUAGAAAAUUAUGCUAAGACCGAGGAAGCUAAGGUGGAGGAGCUUAUCAAAGCUGUUGCUGACUCAGGUGCCAAGGUUAUUGUCAGUGGCGCAGCAGUUGGUGAUAUGGCACUACAUUUCUGUGAACGUUACAAACUAAUGGUUCUGAAAAUCAGCUCUAAGUUUGAACUGAGAAGAUUCUGCCGUACUACUGGGGCUGUUGCAAUUUUGAAACUUAGCCAACCAAAUGCGGACGAAUUAGGAUAUGCAGACUCUGUUUCGGUGGAGGAAAUUGGUGGUGCUCGAGUGACUGUUGUCAAGAAUGAGCAAGGUGGAAAUUCUGUGGCUACUGUUGUCUUAAGAGGCAGUACUGACAGUAUACUAGAUGAUCUUGAAAGAGCUGUUGAUGAUGGCGUCAAUACAUACAAGUCAAUGUGCAGGGACAGUCGGAUAAUUCCUGGUGCAGCUGCAACAGAAAUAGAACUGGCAAAGAGAUUGAAGGAGUUUUCUUUGAAGGAAACAGGGUUGGACCAGUAUGCCAUUGCAAAAUUUGCUGAAAGCUUUGAGAUGGUUCCAAGAACCCUAUCUGAAAAUGCUGGACUUAGCGCGAUGGAGAUAAUAUCUUCCCUUUAUGCUGAGCAUGCUGCUGGGAAUACAAAAGUUGGUAUUGACCUGGAGGAAGGUGCUUGCAAGGAUGUCUCUGCCUUGAAAAUAUGGGACCUCUACGUCACAAAGUUUUUUGCCCUAAAAUACUCUGCUGAUGCUGUAUGCACCGUACUACGGGUUGACCAGAUCAUCAUGGCAAAGCCAGCAGGAGGGCCAAGAAGAGAUGCCCAGCCUGGUGGCGGGAUGGAUGAGGAUUAGUUUCACAUUUUCGCUUUUGUACUCUUGUUUUCAUUGUGUCACGCUUGCGAGAUUUCAGAUCAGGGAACAUCUGUAUCUUAUCUAGGCUUUGGUUCUGUAGAAGAUUUUGGGUGCCUGGAGUUCACGUUUGUGAGGGUUGCAUGGUUGAGCUAAUAUCCCAUGGGGAAUUUGGGAGUCUUUUCCUGGUGUAUUGCGAUGCUGAUGUAUCAAAUGAUUGACUCCAGGGUUUGUUCUUUCAGUUUAUCACACAAACUGAGCUCAUGUAACUCCGGGGUUUGUUCAUCUGAGUUCAUUUAAGUGAUACUUUAGUUCUACUUGGAA